CUUUCUUAUAGAAACCCUAAGCUAGGCGGCGGCGAGCCCUUUUCUUAGCCAGAUCUCGAUACGGGAAGGCGAGCGGCGAGAUCCCAACAAGGAAAGGCGAGCGGCGGGGGAGAAGGCGAGGCGAGGACGCCAAGUGAGAUGGAGGCGGAAGGGGAUUCCGGCAACUGGUUGUUACGAAUGAAAUCAGGCGCUUGAGCCAGCAGAUGAGGGCUGUCAAAGCCCGCAGCCUGACGGAUAUUCUGGGUGUGGAGCACAAGACUGAAGAAACUGCAGCCUUGGAUGAGCAUGGUGAUCCUGCGAAUGGCGGGGAGCUCAAGCCGGAAACCGCAGCAGCCUUGAAUGGGCAUGCGGCUGAUGGUGCUGCUGCUAAUGGCGGGGAGCACAAGAUGGAAACUGACGCCUUGGAUGAGCAUGGUGAUGCAGCUAAUGGCAGGGAGCGGAUGGUGGAAAAUGUCGACGGUGGUGGUGAUGAGGAGCACAUGGACUUCGACAUGGAGGACCAGGUGCUGAGGAUCGACUCCAAAUCAGAGCCAGAGGCAGAGGUGGCGACAGGUCCAGAUACCAGUGUGUCGACGAUUGAAUCAAAUCUCUCAGCAUCAGACAAGUCAAUACCCAAACCUGCACAUCAUGUUCCCAUCAACAGAGGCGAUGAUGUUGUUGACAAGAUGGACAGAGGCAAAUCAGCCCAACAAUUAGCCAGUGAGGCCGCGACGAUGAAUGCCCAACAGCAGAAAUUUGAUCGGUUUGUGGAUGACUGGGAUGCUAAAUGGGGUUCGGCAGGGUUCGGUCUCUUCCAUUACAUGACGACGGUCAGUUCCAUGCAAUAUACACACUUGAUACCCGGGAGCACCCCAAGGCACAAUUGUCGAACCGCGCCUAGCCUCCAGGUCGUCUCCAUCAGACUGGCAGAAAUUCAAGGUGGUCUGGAAUGGCCGUUGCCAGUGUACGGUAUGAUUGCUGUCAGAGACCACGUGGAUCACAAUCGCAACCUUCUGUUUGCCUGCUAUAGGAGCAGGUGUCAGAUACUCAAGGAAAAGGAGCCCUUUUUGGCCUUGACUGGCCCCUCCCGUGCAAUUGUGUGCGAGGAAUCGGUUGACUUUGAAAUCCAACUGAAAGUAAGAGGUACAACAGAGUCUGAAGAUAGAGCAUUGAUCACUGGUGUGUGCACUUACAACAGAGGGGAUGAUACUGUUUGCUUUACCAACUGCUUCUGCACCGUAGAGUUUAGAUUGGAGGUACUUCAGGAAGCAGUCCAGGCCACUGUUUUGGGCGUCCGUGUCAAAGAUGGGUCAUGGCCUUCUGGAUGGGGAGGUCGAGUCGCUUGCUCAGUCAUUGAUGGUGAAAUUGACGACACACCCGGGCAACUUGAGCUGCUUGUUUCUCGUGGCAGUGCCAUGCCCGUGACUUCUGAGGGUUACCUUCUUCUGUCAAGGAAUGUCAUUUCUGUAGAUGUUAACAAGAGCCUGAAUUUUCUCCUAGAGGCCUGCUUACCAUCUGGUGAUACCAUUGCACAAAAAGAAUUGUCCUUCGAACCCAAACUUUGCAACAUAAGUCAGGAUAGUUGUGAACUUAAUGGUAUUGAGUUGGAGAUCACUGUUGCUUGGUCUAGUCUUGUUUGUGAGAAGCGGGAUAUUUCGGUACAAGGGUGUGUUGGUGAUGAGGAGCAGGACUGGGACGUUGCAUCAAUGGAGCAGCAGGUGCCGAAGAUAGACUCCAAAUUGACAUCGGAGGUGGGGCCAGAGGCGGAAACAGAGUCGGCGAUGAGUCUGGAUACCAGUGAAUUGGCGAAUGAAUCGAGUAGCUCCAUGUUCGUAUCAGACAAGUCAAUACUCGAACCUGCAGAUUCUGUUGCCGCCAACACAGGUUACGAUGUUGAGAAGAUGUAUAGAGGCAAAUCAGACGAACAAUUAAAAAUUGAGGCCAAGGAGAUGGCUGCCGAACAGAAGAGUUUUGACAUGUAUGUUGAUGCCUGGGAAGGGUCAUGGGGUUAUGAUGGGUUCGGUUGCUUCCGAGACAUGACGACGGUGAGUUCCAUGCAAUACACACACUUGGUACCAGGGAGCACACUGUUGCACUAUGGUCGAGUAUUGCACUAUGGCCGAGUGUUGCCUAGCCUGCAGAUCUUCUCCGUUAAACUCGCAGAAAUACGAGGUGGUCUGGAAUGGCCGCUGCCAGUGUACGGCACGGUCGCUGCCCGAGACCGUGUGGAUCACAAUCUCAACCUUGUGUUUGCCCGCAACAGGAGUGAGUGCCAGAUACUCAAUGAAGAGGAUUCCUUUUUGACCUUGACUGGCCCCUCUCGUGCAAUUGUCAGCAAGGAAUCUGUUGUCUUUGAAAUCCAACUAAAAAUAAGAGGUAGAACAAAGUCUCAAGAUAAGCCACUGAUCAAUGGCGUGUACACUUACCACAGCAGAGAAAGCCCCAUUUGCUUUAGGAACUGCUUUUGCACCGUAGAGUUAAGUUUGGAGAGAAUUAAGAAAUCAGUCCAGGCCACUAUUUUGGGCGUCCGUGUCAAAGAGGAGGGGUCAUGGCCAACAUUCGGAGGUCGAGUUGCUUGCUCAGUCAGUGGACCUGACGCCAGCCCUCAGGAAAUUGAGCUGCUUGAUUCUCGUUAUACAGCCAUGCCGAUGACUUCUCAGGGUUACCUUGUUCUAUCAAGGAAUGUUGUCUCUGUAGACUAUCGUGGAAGCCUGAACUUUAUCUUGGAAGCCUACUCAGAUUCCGGUAAUAAAGUUGCACAAAAAAAUGAGUCCUUCGAGCCCAAGUUUUCCAACAUAAGCAAGCAAACAUGUAAACUCACUGGAGGCAUUGAGUUGGAGAUUACUGUUGCAUGGUCCAGUCUCAUUUCUGAGAAGUGGGACAUCUCGUCUCGGUACUAGGAGACAACACCAGUCUUUUUUUCUGAGAAGAUGUUAUGGCGAGGAGACAACACCAGUCGUGCUUGGUCCUUGUGAUUUGUUGUAUUUUGUGAAUUUAGUCUUUUUCUGUACCAGUUAUGGCGAGGACUGCAAUUUGUGAAUUUAGUCUUUUGUUGUAUUAGGCCUUGUUAUAUCUCGUGUGUUUGUUUUGACCGCUGUAUGUUUCUGUUAAUAUGGUAUGGUAAAAUAUACCCAAAUAUUUGCUUU